AUGCAGGCCAAGUCCUUCCCAAAAAUGUCCGCAAUCGAGCUCCAGGACAGGCAGAUCCCCGAGUCCUCCAUAGCGGACACGACCGCAUGGACGGCAUCGAGGAGCUUGGACGAUCUCGUCCAAUUUAUAGUCCAAGCGGUACCCACACUGCACACGCGCCUGUCCCAGCGGACCAAGUCGCCUGGGGCACCCACGCUGCUCUUCCUCACUGGCGCGGCCUUGCGCGUCGCGGACGUGACGCGAACGCUCAAGAGCAAGACGUUGCGGGGUGAAAAAGGCGCCGACGUCGCGAAGCUCUUCGCAAAACACUUCAAGCUGCAGGAGCACGUCGAGUAUCUCAACAAGACCAAGGUCGGCGCAGCGGUCGGCACGCCGGGCAGGGUGGGCAAGCUGCUCUGCGAGACGAAUGCGCUGGCCGUGUCGGCCCUCACGCACAUCAUGCUCGACGUCAGCCAUCGGGACUCGAAGUCGCGCUCUCUGCUCGACAUCCCGGAGACGCGAGACGAGGUGUUCAAAACGGUGCUCGGCGCACCACAGGUUUUCGCCGCCAUCCAGGCCGGGAAAAUUCAGCUCGUGCUUUUCUAGGUUAUUUCACGCCGUAAUUCCCACACGUUGCAUAUGUCGGUUUGGCGAGGGUCAUUAUAUUACGAAGUAGAACAUAGUACGAGCAGGAGUAAUCUAGAAGCCCUUGGGGUUC